AGACCUUAGUCGAGGCGGAAGGUGAAGAUAGAAGCGGCUUGAAACGGACAGUUUUUAGUUAAACGAAAGACGACAAUAUGUUUUUAACACGGACUUUUCCGCUGCUACUUGUUUUCUGCUGCUUUUCAGCUUCUCAGGCUAUAAAAGGUCGAGGAUUUUUCGGGAACAGGGAUCCGGAAAAGUCGGACCAGGCUGUGAUCAGUUCUGCAGCAUCAGAUGUCCUGAAGAGCCGUCUCACCACCGUCUUCUUCCCCACCGUCUACAUCUUCGUGUUCGUAGUGGGACUUCCUGCGAACGGGAUGGCCAUCUGGGUUUUCCUCUUCAGGACGCAGAAGAAGCACCCGUCAUCCAUCUACAUGGCCAACUUGGCUCUGGCGGACCUGCUUUUUGUCAUCUGGAUGCCUCUGAAAAUCGCGUACCACUUGAAUGGAAACGACUGGACCUACGGCGAGCCGCUGUGCAAAGUGCUUGUGAGCUUCUUCUACGGGAACAUGUACUGUUCUGUCCUGUUCAUCACCUGCCUCAGCGUGCAGCGGUACUGGGUCGUGGCGCAUCCGCUGUCCACGCAGAAGAAGAACAACAAAGUUGCUAUUGGCAUCUGCUUGGGCAUCUGGGCUUUCAUCUGGCUCACCACCACUCCCCUGUACCUGUAUGAUCACACGGCCAAGCUCAGAGAUCCCAACAUAACAACCUGUCAUGACGUGAACGUCAUAGAAAACCCCCUGGACCCGUUCCCUUCCGUCCAGCUCCCGUUCUACUACUUCAUCUUCAUGGCUUUGGUCGUGUUCCUUGUUCCUUGCAUAGUGAUCAUCGUGUCCUACGUCCUGCUGCUGAGGGCCCUGGGGAACUGUGUGGAGAACAGCACGGCGUCAAAGAACCGCCGCAAAGCCGUGCUGUUGAUCGCAGUCGUCCUGGUGACGUUCCUCGUCUGUUUCAUCCCCAGCAACAUCAUGCUGGUGUUGCAUUACUCCCUGCUGAAAGGCAGCGCGAACAGCAUGGACAAUGUGGACAGCAGCUACAGCUUCUACAUCUCCACGCUCUGCCUGACCAGUCUCAACAGCUGCCUGGACCCGUUCAUCUACUACUUCGUGUCUGAGGAGUUCAGAAACCACGUGAAGAACACCCUGCUGUGCAGGAGCAGCAGGACCGUGGAGAGGAUGAGGGUCUCUUUCAGCUCCAUGAAGUACUCCAAGAAGAGCAAGGCGUACCUGUCAGAGUCCGGCAACACACAGAGCAGCACGGCUUAGCGAGGACACGGACCCCGUCUCUUCUAACAACGCCGGUGUCGGAUCGGUUUUCAGUAUCGUCAGGGGUGUUGGGAUCCAGUCCUCGAGGGCCGCAAUCCUGCAUGUUUCAGAUGUUUCCCUGCUUCAGCACACCGUGAUAAAAGGAGCUGUGACACCAACAGAGCUGUCCAGACCUUGAUGACAAGCUGGUGACGACCAUUAAUUUGAAUCAGGUGUGUUGAUGCAGGGAGACAUCUAAGGCCCCGUCUACACGUAGCCGGGUAUUUACAAAAACGGAUAUUUUCCCCCCUACGUUUUUAAAAAUAUCCUCGUUUACACGGACCCGCAUGAAUACGCUGUUAACGUCAUGCCAGCCAAUCAGAAUCCUGGAAAAAACAUCAACAAAUGACACGUGUAACUUCCAGUUAAGGCUGAUUUAUGGUUCCGCUUUACACCAACGCAGAGCCUACGGCGAAGGGUAUGCGGCGACGCGCUCCGUACGGCGCGCAUCGCCGCGUACCCUACGCCGUAGGCUCUGCGUCGAUUUAACGCGGGACCAUAAUUCAGGCUUUACUUUCAAAACGGAACGAGAGUCUGAGAGAAUUUAAAACAGGUAAAAUAAAAGAAAAUAUUGACGGUGGCCAAACAAAUUGUAAACACAGGUCGCACUCAUGACGCUGCUGGUGACGUUUCUGUCGCAUAAUGUGACGUUUUCCUCCGUUUUCUCUGUUUAGACGCAAACGUGAAAACGGAGUUUUUGAAAAUCUCCACUUUGGCCAGAGUUUUCAGAAAUGAUCGUUUUUGGGGCCUUUGACCUCCGUUUUCGUGCAAACGAACGGCCAAAACGCAUGAAAACGCCUCCGUUUUUGCCCCGUGUAAACGGGGCCUAAAACAUGCAGGACACCGGCCCUCGAGGACUGGAGUUUGACACCCCUGGUCUAGGUUUUAAACGUGAACUGUGACCGAGAGAGAGAAGUCUGCGGUUGAGGAUGUGACUUUCAGCUGCUGCUUUGUAGUCAAAUGUGAAAUAUUUGAAUUAUGUAUACACAUCCGUCAAUGCAGAGGAGGCCUGUUAAAGUUUGACAUUCAUCGUCAAAUGAAUUGACUUUUUCUUUAUUUAUUUAGACUGACCUAACCUUUGCUUUGGAGAUAAGUGAUAGCAGCAUCCGUCUGAUGUUAAUAUAGAUUUUUUUUCUGUCAUUAUUUUGUGUUCAUGUCAUAUGUUUUAUUGUCUGUUUGGCUUAUUUUUGAAGCCAGAAAGUUUCCAAAUUUCCUGCUUUUCAAACAGAGCGGAUGAUACAGUAUGUUACAUAUUAUUAUAUAUUUUCCUAAAUAAACCGUAAAAACAAG